UGGUUGUCUUGUCACCGAGCAACAUUGAUACAGCCACGUCAAAUCGCUCUGCUGCAGUGAAAUAUGCCGGCAAAAGAAGGCUUUGACGACUAAAUACUCUGGUAUCGGGGUUGUGGUGACGUACAAUGGCCCCGACGCCGCCUUUAGGAGACUCCCCCGGUUCAGCAUCCGGCGCGGGACAGCAUCAGCAAUAUCAACAAACUUCCCAGGACAAGAUUAGACGGAAUGUAGCCUGCAUUACCUGUCGCGAUUCCAAAGUCCGAUGCAGGGCUAAUUCGGUGGCGGGACAGCCCUGUCAGCGGUGUGCCAAGUUGCAACUCGCAUGUGUCUACGACAGGACUCACAAGAGAGUCACGAAGAGAAGCAAACUUGAGUUGCUGGAGCAGGAACUGAAGUCCAUAAAGGAGGCUGUGAAUCCCCGGAACAGCGGAGAGCCCUCCUGGAGCCCACCUACGCCGCAAGUGAACAAUACGAUAUUUCCGGAGCAAGUCAGCCGCCUGGACUCAACCUCAACAGCCACCCUUCCCGCCGUGACUCCAUCAGCGGAUAUUUCUCUUGUGCACCCACAACCGCAACCAACCCCAGCAAAGUAUCAGAGCCUGGGACCAACUUCAUCUCGAAUUCUGAAUGACAAACUCAUACCCGGUGAAGAUAUUGACUGGUACUUUGAAAAAUAUCUCCAAUGCUUCCACCCAUAUCUCCCCGUCUUAAGAAAGAAGAACCCGGACGAGUGUUACCAGGCUUGCCCAACUCUCUUCUGGAUCGUCAUCUAUGUAUCUUGCCGUCGGUAUGCUAAAGAGGAACACGUCUUCACUAGCCUCGUCGAUCAGCUGGAACAUGAUGUUGGCCCUCUAAUCUCGGCCCCUACGAUGGACCUGGAAACCAUUCAUGCCAUCCUUAUAAUAUGCGCCUGGCCAUUGCCAACUAUAAGAUUUGUGGCUGAUCCAUCAUUAACACUAAUAUCGGCAGCGUUGAGCGCUUGCUUGCUUCUCGGUUUGAGUACUGGGCGUGGAUCCCAUCCCAGGUUCUGCAUCGGCGGACGCCAGAACAUAACUUGCACCGACUAUGAGGCCUCAAUAACAUGGAUAUUUUGCGUUAUACUUGCACAGAGAAUAUCAACUAUUAGUGGAUGCCCACCCCAAUUCCUACAGCACAAUGACGCCCAGUGCAAGAAAGUCGUGGGAGAUACUCUAGCACCUGAAUUAAUGGCGCUAUUUGACCUUCAGAAAUUUAUAAACCGUCUUCACAUGGCAAUGGCGGCCCAAGUAGCGUCCUACGGAGGCGUCACAGAAGGAACAGUCAAGACAUGGGAAGACGAUUUCGAGGCUCUAAGACCACUUGUUACCAAUGUUGAUACAGACUGCUCCCGCUUUAUGCUGCUCUUGGCAAAACUCGAAGUUCAAUCCUACUACUUCGCCUCUCCCCAAGGCGCGCCUCGUCCCAACUUCCCCUUCAACGCUCUCCGCGCCUACAACACUGCUCACGCUCUCCUCACGGCUGCUCUCGCCCUCGAGUCUCACUCCAAGUUUCUCUUUCACGGGCCCCAUUGGGUCUAUCGCGCCGUCAUAGACGCCAGUUCCAUCCUCAUCUCCACGCUCAACUCCACCGCCGCCCCGGCCAACGUCACUCCGGCGAACGCUGAUGCCAUUGCCGCCCAGAUCCGCACCGCAGUGCACAGCUGCAGUGUUCGUGACAACGACUUGCCUUCCCGUGGCGCUGCUAUUAUUGAGGCCUUUUGGUCUAUACGCAACGUGGUCCCCAAGUCGCUCGAACCGGCCGGGGCUUGGCCUGAACGCCUCGGCGCCGCUGUCACAUACUGGUGCCUUACACGUUUCCGUGAUGCCUUGCAUGACGCUAAGAAAAGCACAGAAGGAGUCAACAAGGGUCUUGAGGCAUUCCAAAACAUAUCUGCUCCUACCAGCACAAGCUCAGAACAACCCAUGAAUACAGGCCCAGACCCAUUUCAAGAUGUUGACUGGACCAUGUUCAUGGACGAAUUUGGUUGGGGCGGAGAUGGAGCUGUAUUCCUCGGACCUACUUAGCGGGAGUAGCAAUUUGAAAAGGGCGAGGAGAACUGCAUGGCCGGGUUCAGUUGAUACAUAGACUUCACGAAUCAUGAGUGGGACCUUGCUUU